GGUGAAGCCGGGCUCAUGAUAUAAAACAUCCAUGCUCUGAACAAACAGUUUUGCCAGGGGCCUGGUUACCUGGCAUUGCUUUUGCUGAUCCCUUGUCAUCACCUGUUCUUAACAAUCUGGCAUCACCCUUGCCCCCCACCCCCCCACACAUGCUUUUGACAUCUGCCCCUGAAAUGACCUCAGGAAAAGGUGAGGCUGGUCCCGAAAAACUGGGCGCUUACUCCAGCCUCCUCGGGUGGUGUUUCAUUAACCCCGCAGACUUGAGGGAUGAGGGAGAUGGUAGUAACAGAUCUGUGUCCUGCCUCUCAGCUCCAUUUCGCAUCGCGGCUCUCUGGCAGAAUCUGGAAUAGGCUGAUUAGCUGGUAUCUCAGGACACGAUGUAAGAGCUCAAAACAUGCAAAUUGGUUACGGGGCAUAAAUAGACUUUGCUGAGCUCACCCUGGCCGUCUUUGCAGGCUCCGGGGCCCGUUCACUAGGGCAGUCGGGGUGGCAGGAGGCAGGGCGGGAGCGCCAUGCAGCUUGGAGCUCCUCACCUCCAUUGGACGUGUGUGCCUCCCUUCUGCAGCGGCAGGACGCUCGCUCCCCGCCCGACCGGCCGGCACCUGCAGCUGGGGCCGCACCCCCACCCGCACCCUCCACGCACCCCCUCCGCUGGGCUUGGCAGCCGGUGCCUUCUCUCCGGAGAUCGCUUCGCAUUAACUUUCCCAUCUGACAUAAUAAUGGAGAGAAAAUGAAGAGAUCCCAUUAGCGGCUGGCUAGCUGGCUGGAGGGCUGGCGGGCGAGCGCGGGGUCCGGGAGCCGGAACCCGCGCCGGAGCCCGAGCCCGAGCCCGAGCCCGAGCCGAGCGGAGGGAGCCUGUAUUUUUAGCCAGAUGCCGCGUAACUUGCUGGCGCUCCCCGCGCCGCCGAGCAGAUAACGGGGGAGGGGGAGCAGGGAACCGGGCUCGGAUUUCAGCGCGGGCGCCGGACGAUGGCAGCGAGACAGGGCAGGUCCGGUCCAGACCCUGCGGCCGAUGCUGCUACCAGCUUUCUGAGGGCAGCAAGAUCAGGGAACUUGGACAAAGCUUUGGAUCACCUGCGGAAUGGCGUAGACAUUAACACCUGUAACCAGAAUGGGCUGAACGGCUUGCACCUGGCCUCUAAAGAAGGCCACGUGAAGAUGGUGGUUGAACUUCUGCACAAAGAAAUCAUUCUAGAAACGACAACCAAGAAGGGGAACACGGCUCUGCACAUCGCCGCCCUCGCUGGUCAGGAUGAGGUGGUCCGGGAGCUGGUCAACUAUGGCGCCAAUGUCAACGCCCAGUCACAGAAAGGCUUUACACCCCUCUACAUGGCAGCACAAGAGAAUCAUCUGGAAGUGGUUAAGUUUUUACUGGAAAAUGGAGCUAAUCAGAAUGUAGCCACAGAAGACGGCUUCACCCCUCUAGCGGUGGCUCUUCAGCAGGGCCACGAGAAUGUGGUGGCCCACCUCAUCAACUACGGGACGAAAGGGAAGGUACGCCUGCCCGCCCUGCACAUCGCGGCGCGCAACGACGACACCCGGACAGCUGCAGUGCUGCUGCAGAAUGACCCCAACCCAGACGUGCUUUCCAAGACGGGAUUCACCCCCCUCCACAUCGCAGCUCACUACGAGAACCUCAACGUGGCCCAGUUACUCCUCAACAGGGGUGCCAGCGUCAACUUCACGCCCCAGAACGGCAUCACGCCACUGCACAUCGCCUCCCGCAGGGGGAACGUGAUCAUGGUGCGGCUCCUGCUGGACCGUGGGGCCCAGAUAGAAACGAGGACCAAGGAUGAAUUGACACCUCUCCACUGUGCAGCUCGGAAUGGGCACGUGCGAAUCUCAGAGAUCCUGCUGGACCACGGGGCCCCCAUCCAAGCCAAAACCAAGAAUGGCUUAUCCCCCAUUCACAUGGCGGCUCAGGGAGACCACCUUGACUGUGUCCGACUUCUAUUGCAAUACAACGCUGAGAUAGAUGACAUCACCCUGGACCAUCUGACCCCACUCCACGUGGCAGCGCACUGCGGCCAUCACAGAGUAGCCAAGGUCCUUUUGGAUAAAGGAGCCAAACCAAAUUCCAGAGCCCUGAAUGGCUUUACCCCCUUACAUAUCGCCUGCAAGAAGAACCACAUCCGUGUCAUGGAGCUGCUACUGAAGACCGGGGCCUCCAUCGACGCCGUCACUGAGUCUGGCUUGACACCUCUCCACGUGGCCUCCUUCAUGGGGCAUCUGCCCAUCGUGAAGAAUCUUCUGCAGCGGGGGGCGUCACCCAACGUCUCCAACGUGAAAGUGGAGACCCCGCUGCACAUGGCAGCCAGAGCAGGACACACGGAAGUGGCCAAAUAUUUGCUCCAGAACAAAGCCAAAGUCAAUGCCAAGGCCAAGGAUGACCAGACCCCACUGCACUGCGCGGCUCGCAUCGGCCACAUGAACAUGGUGAAGCUCCUGCUGGAAAAUAAUGCCAAUCCCAACCUGGCCACCACUGCCGGGCACACCCCCCUGCACAUUGCGGCCCGAGAAGGCCAUGUGGAGACGGCCCUGGCCCUUCUGGAAAAGGAAGCAUCCCAGGCAUGCAUGACCAAGAAAGGAUUUACCCCUCUCCAUGUGGCGGCUAAGUAUGGGAAGGUUAGGGUGGCGGAGCUGCUGCUGGAACGGGACGCGCACCCAAAUGCUGCAGGAAAAAAUGGCUUGACUCCCCUGCACGUGGCCGUCCAUCACAACCACCUGGACAUCGUCCGGCUGCUGCUUCCCCGGGGUGGCUCCCCGCACAGCCCCGCUUGGAAUGGCUACACCCCUUUGCACAUUGCUGCCAAGCAGAACCAGAUGGAGGUGGCCCGCAGUCUGCUGCAGUAUGGGGGGUCAGCGAAUGCCGAGUCGGUGCAAGGUGUGACCCCCCUUCACCUGGCCGCCCAAGAGGGUCACGCGGAGAUGGUGGCUCUGCUGCUUUCCAAACAAGCCAAUGGCAAUCUGGGGAACAAGAGCGGACUCACCCCCCUCCAUCUGGUAGCACAAGAAGGCCACGUUCCAGUGGCGGACGUGCUCAUCAAACACGGUGUCACCGUGGACGCCACCACCCGGAUGGGUUAUACUCCACUCCACGUGGCCAGUCAUUAUGGAAAUAUCAAGCUGGUGAAGUUUCUGCUACAGCACCAGGCAGACGUCAAUGCCAAGACUAAGCAAGGAUACAGUCCCUUGCACCAGGCGGCCCAACAAGGACAUACAGACAUCGUGACACUGCUUCUCAAAAAUGGUGCUUCCCCAAACGAGGUCAGCUCGAAUGGAACCACACCUCUGGCAAUAGCCAAGCGCUUGGGCUACAUUUCUGUCACAGACGUGCUCAAGGUUGUCACGGAUGAACCCAGUUUUGUGCUAACCAGUGACAAGCACCGGCUGAGUUUCCCUGAGACGGUAGAUGAGAUCUUGGAUGUCUCUGAAGAUGAAGGGGAAGAACUCAUCUCCAAGGCUGAGAGGCAGGAUUCCAGGGAUAUAGAUGAAGAGAAGGAGCUGCUGGAUUUCGUGCCGAAGCUGGACCAAGUGGUCGAAUCUCCAGCCAUCCCCAGGAUCCCUUGUGUCACACCUGAGACAGUGGUGAUCAGAGCAGAAGAGCCGGAACAGGCGUCUAAGGAGUAUGACGAAGACUCACUCAUCCCCAGCAGCCCGGCCACAGAGACCUCAGACAACAUCAGCCCCGUGGCCAGCCCCGUCCACACAGGGUUUCUGGUGAGCUUUAUGGUGGACGCCCGCGGAGGCUCCAUGAGGGGCAGUCGUCACAACGGCCUGCGGGUGGUGAUCCCGCCCCGGACGUGCGCCGCGCCCACUCGAAUCACCUGCCGCCUGGUCAAGCCCCAGAAACUGAGCUCGCCGCCCCCGCUGGCUGAGGACGAGGGCCUGGCCAGCAGGAUCAUUGCGCUGGGGCCCACGGGGGCCCAGUUCUUAAGCCCCGUGAUCGUGGAGAUCCCCCACUUUGCCUCCCAUGGCCGCGGGGACCGUGAGCUUGUGGUGCUACGCAGUGAAAACGGCUCUGUGUGGAAGGAACACAGGAGCCGCUACGAAGAGAGUGACCUGGAUAUGGAUCAGCUCCUCAAUGGGAUGGACGAAGAGCUGGGGAGCCUGGAGGAGCUGGAGAAGAAGAGGGUGUGCCGUAUCAUUACCACGGACUUCCCCUUGUACUUCGUGAUCAUGUCACGGCUCUGCCAGGACGAUGACACCAUUGGCCCUGAAGGGGGCCUCCUGAAGAGCAAGCUGGUCCCGCUGGUGAUGGCAACGUUCCCAGAAAAUGCUGUCAUCAAGAGAGUGAAGCUGGCCCUGCAGGCCCAGCCUGUGCCAGAUGAACUGGUCACCAAACUCCUGGGCAACCAGGCCACGUUCAGCCCCAUUGUCACCGUGGAGCCGCGGCGCCGGAAGUUCUACCGCCCCAUCGGGCUUCGGAUCCCGCUCCCUCCUUCCUGGAUGGACAACCCGAGGGACAGCGGGGAGGGGGACACCACCAGCCUGCGUCUGCUCUGCAGUGUCACUGGAGGAACAGACCAAGCCCAGUGGGAAGAUAUAACAGGGACAACCAAGCUCGUGUACGCCAACGAGUGCGCUGCCUUCACCACCAACGUCUCUGCCAGGUUCUGGCUGUCCGACUGUCCCCGGACUGCAGAAGCUGUGAACUUCGCCACUCUGCUGUACAGGGAGCUCACCGCGGUGCCCUACAUGGCCAAGUUUGUCAUUUUUGCCAAGAUGAAUGACCCCCGCGAAGGGCGUCUGCGCUGCUACUGCAUGACAGAUGAUAAAGUGGACAAGACCCUGGAGCAGCACGAGAACUUCGUCGAGGUGGCUCGGAGCAGGGACAUAGAGGUUCUGGAAGGAAUGCCUCUCUUCGCAGAGCUCUUUGGGAACCUGGUCCCCGUCAGAAAAGCUGCCCAGCAGCGGAGUUUCCAGUUCCAGUCAUUUCGGGAGAACCGUCUGGCCAUACCUGUGAAGGUGAGGGACAGCAGUCGAGAACCAGCAGGGUCCUUGUCAUUUCUGCGCAAGGCCAUGAAGUAUGAGGACGCCCAGCACAUUCUCUGCCACUUAAACAUCACCAUGCCCCCCUGUACCAAGGUGAGCAGUGCCGAUGAGAGGAGAAGGACUCUGACGCCGCUGGCCCUGAGAUACAGCAUUCUCAGCGAAUCCUCACUGGGUUCCCUCAGUGGGACAGACCGAGCAGAUAUGAAGAUGGCUAUUAUAUCAGAACACCUUGGCCUCAGCUGGGCGGAGUUGGCUCGGGAGCUGCAGUUCAGCGUGGAGGACAUCAACAGGAUCCGCGUGGAAAACCCCAACUCCUUGUUGGAACAGAGCGUGGCCUUGUUGAACCUCUGGGUCAUCCGUGAAGGCAAAAACGCGAACAUGGAGAAUCUGUACGCAGCCCUGCGGAACAUUGACCGGAGUGAGAUCAUGAACAUGCUGGAGGGCUCCGGCAGACAAAGCCGCAAUCUGAAACCUGAGCGAUGGCACGGGGACCGGGACUACUCUUCGUCACCCUCCCAGAUGAAUGGUUACUCCUCGCUGCAGGACGAGCUGCUGUCCCCUGCCUCCCUGCACUACGCGCUUCCCUCUCCGCUGCGUGCAGACCAGUACUGGAACGAGGUGGCCGUCAUAGACGCCAUCCCCUUGGCGGCCACGGAGCAUGACGCCAUGCUGGAGAUGUCUGACAUGCAGGUGUGGUCCACAGGCCUCACACCCUCCCUGGUCACUGCUGAGGACUCCUCUCUGGAGUGCAGCAAGGCCGAGGACUCUGAUGCCACCGGCCACGAGUGGAAGCCGGAGGGGGUGCUCUCCGAGGGACCCCAGGGCCCCACGCUGGGCUCUCUGGACCUUGUGGAGGAUGACACAGUGGAUUCAGAUGCCAUAAAUGGCCUUAUCGAUUUGCUUGACCAGGAAGAAGGUCAGAGGUCAGAAGAGAAGCUGCCAGGUCAUGAGAGGCAGGAGGACUCCGCAGGUGCAGGGCAGGCCUCAGAGAAUGAAGUGUCUCUUGUUUCAGGCCAGGCGACGGUGCAAGCCCACAUCACAGAGUCCCCCAGCGUGAGUCGGGUGAUGGAGACGAGCCAGGACAGACUGCAGGACUGGAAUGAGGAAGGCUCCAUUGUCUCAUACCUGCAAGAUGCUGCCCAAGGUUCCUGGCCAGAGGAGGUCAGCCAAGGCACACACUCCUUCCAGAGCACGGUCACCACCAUCCAAGAGCUGGAGCCCAGUGGGUCUCAGGAGUUUGAGAAGGUCCUGGUGUCUGCAACUGAGAGCAGGGAACGGAGACGACAGAGCCACCAAGCGUGGGUUCAGGAGGCUCAGAGCACGUUCUCCCAGAUGGCAGAGGGGAGUGAGUUUCAGAAUAUUCCAGGCGAGCAGGUGACAGAAGAACAAUUCACAGAUGAGCAGGGCAACAUUGUCACCAAGAAGAUCAUUCGCAAAGUCAUUCGGCAGAUAGACUCGUCCGGUGCCGAUGACACCCAGGAGCUCGAGGAGGUGGAGCUGCGAGGGAGUAGCCUGCAGCCGGACCUGAUAGAGAGCAGGAAGGGGGCUCAGAUAGUAAAGCGGGCCAGCCUAAAAAGGGGGAAGCAGUGAUCUCUAGCCCCUCCCCUCAAAUGGCCUCUUUGGAGGAUCACACCUCGACACCCAACCCUUGAACUCCACACACUCUGCCAUGCACACGGGAGGAGAGCUGGAGCGGAGGGCUACGGAAGUGGCACACCUGUUCCUCUAGGCUGAUGGCAUGAUCUCUGUAAGGGACUUCCUUUAGUCUCCUAUUCGCAUGAAAGACUGACUGUAGACGCAUGACCUACAGUCCUCAAUCCUGCCUCUAGUGACGACGGAUCUCUGUUGGGAAUCAGGACAAACGCCUCAAGAAGGGGGGUGGGGAGAAAGAGAGGGAUAGAAAACCAGCGCGAGAGCGUGUGAACGCAAAAGUGAACAAGGGCUCUUUUGUGCUUGGGGAUGAUAUAUUUUUUAAAAUCA